GAAGUGAAACAUAAAAAUUUACAUACUGAAAACACUAGCAACAGCGCUAUGUAUGGCAUGCCGCCAGAAUCUCAUGAUGCAGCCUAUAUGGAAGCCUAUCGAAAGUCAGUGCAGAAUCCUGUAGCCUUUUGGCAGGAGCUGGGACAGCUGCUGGAUUGGGACAAACCGUGGGAGCAGGUGCUGGACAAUAGUAAUCCACCGUUUACCAAAUGGUAUGUGGGCGGCUAUUUGAAUGCCUGUUACAACUCGAUAGACAGGCACAUCCUGGCGGGCAGAGGACAGCAGGUGGCGCUUAUACAUGACAGCCCGUUGACACAAACUGUGCGCAAGGUAACCUACCAGGAGCUGUACGAUGAGAUUAUAUUGCUGGCCGGCGGGCUGGCCAAGCUGGGCGUUAGCAAGGGCGAUCGUGUGGUCAUCUAUAUGCCACUUAUACCCGAAACUAUUAUUGCUAUGCUGGCAAUAGUGCGUUUGGGUGCUAUACAUUCGGUGGUAUUUGGUGGCUUUGCGGCACGUGAGCUUUGCUCGCGCAUAGAGCACGUGGAGCCCAAGCUGGUUAUAGCUGCCAACGCGGGUGUGGAGCCGGGCAAGGUGGUGCCCUAUCUGGAUAUACUGCACUCGGCUAUAAACAUGUCACGCUGGAAGCCUCCACAGCGCAAUAUAAUCUAUAUGCGGGACGAGGUGGCCAAAGAUACGCUGGACGAGCAGACAGACAUGCAGUGGUCGGAUGUGCAAGCGCUGGCGAAUCCUCAUCAGCCCGUGGCCUGCGUGCCCAUUGAAGCCAAUGAUCCGCUAUAUAUACUCUACACUUCGGGCACUACGGAUAAGCCUAAGGGCGUGCUGCGCACAAUUGGCGGCCAUCUGGUGGCUCUGAUGUAUACGCUGAAAAUGAUUUAUGGCAUUAAGCCUGGCGAUAUCUGGUGGGCUGCCUCGGACAUGGGCUGGGUGGUGGGACACUCGUAUAUUUGCUACGGCCCACUUUGUCUGGGCGCCACUAGUGUUAUGUAUGAAGGCAAGCCGGAUCGCACGCCAGAUCCAGGACAAUACUUUAGAAUUAUUGAUCAGCACAAGGUGAACGGCAUUUUCUCAGUGCCCACUUCAUUUCGUGUUAUACGUCGCGCUGAUCCGGACAUAAGCUACGGGCGUCAGUACAGCAUGAAGUCCUUGCGUGCUAUUUUCAUUGCAGGCGAGCACUGUGACUAUGAGACCAAGGCUUGGAUAGAGAAAACGUUCAAGGUGCCCAUUUUAAAUCAUUGGUGGCAAACAGAAACAGGAUCCGCAGUCACAGCCACUUGUCUGGGCUUUCAGCAAAGCCUUGAACCGCCCAUGUAUUCCACAGGCUUGCCAUUGGUUGGCUAUGACAUUAAAAUACUGAGACCUGAUGGCACCGAAGCCGCGCCCCUGGAGCUAGGACGCAUUGCCUUAAAGCUGCCGCUGCCUCCAGGCAACAUGGCUACGCUUUACAGAAACGAUGAGCUCUAUCGCAAGCUAUACUUCCAAAAGUUUCCAGGCUACUACGACACUAUGGAUGCAGGCUACAAGGACUUGACAGGCUAUGUGUUUGUCACCGCGCGUGAUGAUGAUGUUAUCAACGUGGCUGGUCAUCGCUUGUCUACCUCUAGUCUGGAGGAUGCCGUGCUCAGGCAUCCAGAUGUUGUAGAUGUCGCUGUCUUUGGCGUGCCGGAGCCUACCAAAGGUCAAGUGCCUUUAUGUCUUUAUAUACCCGUGGAGAGUUGCAAGAAAACGGAUGCCAAGCUGUCAGCAGAGAUUAUCAAGCUUAUACGCGAUGUCGUUGGACCCAUUGCUGCCUUCCGUUUAAUCACGGCCGUAAACAGUCUGCCACGCACACGUUCCGGCAAAACCAUGCGCAAGGCUAUGGCGGACUUUGCACGCAAUGAGCGUGUGAUUCUGCCGGCGACUAUCGAUGAUGCCAGCGUGUUUACAGAGAUCCGGCGUGCUCUGCAGCAUUUGGGCUAUGCCAUGUCAGCGCCAGAGCCUGUGGUGGCCAAGCUGCUGGAUUAAGCUUCUGUGCGCGUGUGUUUGUAUCUUUUUAAUUGUAUUUAGCUUUAAAUAAACAUUUCUAUGAGCCAGAAUAAAUAUUAAAUUGU